AUGGCCUGCGCUGAAGUUAUUCCUGUCCCGACACUUUCGGACAAUUAUGCAUACCUCUUGAUAGACAAAAAGACGAAAACUGCGGCCUGCAUAGACCCAGCUGAGCCAGAGAAGGUCAUUGCUGCGGCAAAAGAGCAUGGCGUGACUCUACAAAAGUGUCUCUGUACCCAUAGGCAUGCUGAUCAUUCAGGCGGGAAUGAGCAGAUCAAGACCCUGGUCCCAGGAAUAGAAGUGAUUGGUUCAGCGUACGAAGAAACCCCAGGGCGGACCAAAGCUGUUUGCGAUGGCGAGACCUUCAGAAUAGGGGACUUGCUGGUGAAGGUCCUCCAUGCACCCUGUCACACGAGUGGUCAUGUGCUUUACUACGUGGAGAGUCGCACAGACUCUAACGCAAGUCCCAUCAUCUUUACAGGUGAUACAUUGUUCCUAGCUGGUUGUGGCCGUUUUUUUGAGGGCGAUGCUACGCAAAUGCAUCGCGCGCUAAUGAAGAUAAUUGGCGAGCUGCCUGCAGAGACGCUUGUCUACUGUGGUCAUGAAUACACCUUGGCCAAUCUUCGGUUCGCUGCUAGUGUGGAGCCAAACAACGCCGCUGUGCAAAACAAGCUCGAGUGGGCACAGCAACAGCGGAAUGCGGGAAAGCCAACUAUACCCUCUUCUAUUGGCGAGGAAAAGACCUACAACCCGUUUAUGCGAGUUGACAGACCUGAAGUACAGAGGGCAGUGAGGGCACCGGAAGGCGAUGAGGUGCAGACGAUGCACAUUCUACGCGAGCGUAAGAACACGUUCAGAGGGUGA